AUGAGGAGCGCGGGGUCCGCAGGCAAGGGCGGUCGCGCCAAGUCCAACUGGCCCGACACCCCCAACGCGUUUCAAACUCUAGCGCCUCGGAAACGCGACGAGGCACGUGUCGUUCUUACCGCUAUCGCCGCCACUGCUGCUCCUGCCGUCGCCGCCCCUGCUCGCUGCUUCCCCGGCUAUUCUCGCCAACCUGUCUGCACUCCGCUUAUUCCGCUCCCCCAACCCAACCCCGCUCUCCCGCACGCGCCUCUUUCCCCCUCGGCAUUGCCAUGGACUUCAUUCCUCGCCCCUGUGUCCCCAACUUUCCGCCUUCCCCCUCUCGCCCCUCCCCUUGUUCCCGCUCUCUCCCCAUUCCUCCCCGCCCAGCCCUCCCCCUUCUCCCCCUGGCUCGCGCGCGCGCUGCUGUUCCUCCCCGGCCUCGCCACAGGCUUCAUUCUCGGCCGCCUGCUGGGGGGAAGCGGGGGAAGCGGAAAGGCCGCAGGGGGGAAGAAGGGGGAGCUGACGGCAGGAGGCGGGGGGAGCAGUAGCGGGCGGAAGGGGGGCGGAGGCAGCGCGGGGGGGAGGUCAGCGCCAGCGUUUGGGGGGAAGGCGGAGACGGAGGGGGCGGGGGGGCUGGUGGUGGGGCGGGGGAGUGAGCUGAAAAUGGUGCUGGUGGUGCGGCAGGAUCUCAAGAUGAGUUCUGGGAAGAUCGCCGCCCAGUGUGCCCACGCAGCAGUGGGUAUUCUCACCGACCUCCAAACAAGCAAUAAGGCAUUACUGCGGCAUUACGAGGCGUGUGGGCAGCCCAAGAUAGUGGUCUCCUGCAGCAACCUCAAGGAGAUGAACGAGCUGAGAGGGAAGGCACAGCAGCACCGGUUGCCAGUCUUUACUGUCUGCGAUGCUGGCAGGACUCAGGUGGCAGCAGGGUCCAAGACAGUGCUAGCAGUGGGACCAGGUCCGUGCUCCCUCGCCUCGUUUCACUUAUCGCUUCCUCCCACCCAUACUCUUGUUCUUCUCUAG